AUGAAAUUGACAGAAUCAACAUUUUCACGAGACCGCGACUCUGACGACGAUUGGGAAGAGAAGGAAGCAUCGCGCACCAUAUCCGUAAAAUUCACGGAAGACGUGCCCGAAGCGAAAGAGACACCGUUUGUCCGUCAAAACACACCUCACCCGCGGGAGCUUAAGGCGAAAGCGGUUAAACUAUUCACAAGAACUCCGGAACAACCGCCGCUGAACGAAAUCCCGACUACGAAUGGAAUCAUCUCUUCACCGGAAAUUGUACAAACGGUGACGGAAAUUAUAGAACCACCGAUACCUCAGCAACAACAUAUAGUAGCGGAGACAACGCAAGAUGACGACAGCGAUAGCCAGACAGCGCAAGACAAGGAAUCCUCCGAUGGUGAAAACUACGACAAUGAAGAUUCCGACGAACUAGAGCGGGCCGGCAGGCGGGUAGCGUGGCGUGGGGUUUCGGACAGGGGGGCUAGCCAGCAGGUGGGGGGUCGGCUCCAUCGCCGGGAUACCCCCCACCACUUGAAGAACAAACGCAUCAACCAAGUGGACGCGGGACGAGCCAGGGAAAUUAUUGCUCAGGCGAUAAAGAAGAGGGAACAGCCCGAAGAACACAAGACAGAUGACGAAGAAGCCGUCGAUGACGUCCCUGAUGACAAUAUGAAAGAUAAACGACUUGAACUGACGUUAAGUGUUCGUAGUGAUGGCUCAUUGGGCCGAAAUAGUACAAGAAGUAGUGUAAGAAGUAAUAGGAGCAAUUACAGCACUAGCAGUACCGGAUUACCUGCUAGUGAGAUAUUUGCAACGGACCGUUACUCGGCGCCACAGCACAGAGCUUUCGAUAUACUAGAUAAGUACCGGCGUCAGCCUAACCAGCACGGAUAUCCGGCGCAAAGCCUCCAAGCACUCGAUCAGUAUGAACAGACAAGAUACCCGAACACGCCGAAUAGAAAUAGCGCUUAUGUUGAAUAUGCAACACCCUCAAGGCUUAGAAACUCGGAGCAUCCGCAGGAGGCACAUUCCAACUACCACUCGGUAUACAGAAAUGCCCCAAGUCAAAUAUAUGGUACCUUGCCACGCAAUGGACAUUAUGCAGAAGAUAACGUUCCGGCCUCAGCUAAUUAUACUUUGCCGAGUAGAUCACAGAGACGGGUCCGCAUAAGUAACAUGCAACCCGUUGUCUAUGGAUAUGGUGAAUCAGUGUCUGAUCGUCCAGAGAGUGAAGCGCGGUUGGUAAACGAACAGAGAUGUAUGGAAGUAAGAAUAGCACGGGCGGCGGGUGGUUUAGGUCUAAGCAUAGCUGGUGGAAGAGGAUCAACGCCGUACAUCGGUGAUGAUGAGGGCAUCUUUAUAUCGCGGGUCACUCCUAGUGGUCCGGCUUAUUCAGCUGGGCUCAGGGUCGGUGAUAAAGUGUUGUCGGUGAACGGCACCUCUGUGGUGGAUGUGGACCACUACUACGCGGUGGAAGUACUUAAGGCGAGUGGGGCUACGCUCACUCUGGUGGUGACGAGGGAAUCGCCUACAUCGACAAGAACCCAUAGUCGAGCAGCGAGCGGUGCAAGCCAUCACUCAAUUUCGACAGCGGACACCAUAUCGACAUUGGAGAACGGACAGAUACCAACUGGCCGUGGGAUACCAACGAAACAGUUAAUAAUAAGCAAUCAAUAUGCGCAAGAGUUGGAACCGGAACAAAAGGAACAACUGCCAUUAACCCAAACUAUUAUGAAUAUGACACCGUCUCCUACACCGUCUCCCACGCCAGUGCAGACAUAUCAGAGGUUGCAAGCCUCCCCUCCACCAGCCACUCAACCAUAUAUUCCACCUGUAUACCACCAGAAAGUGUUAGUUCACACUACCCUGAUCCGCGACGGCGCUGGUCUGGGCUUCAGCAUAGCUGGCGGAAAGGGAUCUCCGCCUUACCGGGACGAUAGCGACGCCAUUUAUGUGUCAAGAAUAUCACCCCAGGGCGCUGCUGCGAAGGAUGGAAAGAUGGCUGUCGGUGAUAAAGUUGUUUCGAUAAACGGCGUAGAUAUGGAGAAUGCUACUCACGAAGCAGCAGUUGCAAUGCUCACGGGACACGAGAGAUUUGUCAGGCUCGUGCUGCAAAGAACGAUCACCCCUGAGCAAGCUGACGCUCUUGCGAGGAAGUCGACAUCGGAAGAAGUGAGAGAGCACAAAACGAGUCUCACCAAUCUGAACACGCUCACCAAACCCAUUUCGAACCACGUCGCACCAACACAAAACCACACAGUACGCGCCACGGCACUGACUACACCCAUUGGGCAACAGGUUGCACCACAAAUCACUCCACAAGUUGCGCCACAGUUGAAGUUAAACAUACUACCGCAAAAGCACGCAAACGUCCCGCCACAACCCGCGCCUCGAAAAUUGAGUCAAACUAACGGAACGGCGGAAAGGAAACCAAUUAACAGUGCCAGCACGCCUCUAACGCCCGGCGCUAGAUUGCACGGAUCUAACGACGACGUCUUCGACGAUAUACAGCCGGCGCGGCCGAUCACGAACGAGGAGUUCCAAGCGAUGAUUCCGGCGCACUUCCUCGGUGGCCCCCGGGCAGCCCCGAACCCCCCCGAGCGAGGGGUUCGCAUCACCGUGGAGCGUCCCAACACCGGGGUCGUUUUGCCCCCCGCGCCCUCCGCGCUCGGUCGCGUCACUGAGACCAUCACCAAGUCUACAUUCACCGAGACGACGGUCACGAGGGUCACAGAUAAUCACCUAGCGACGCCGUUGAUCAUAGAAGAUGUAACAUUGGUUAAAGAAGGUGGUUCACUUGGAUUCAGUAUUAUUGGAGGUACUGAUCAUUCUUGCGUCCCGUUCGGAGCUAAGGAACCGGGAAUAUUCAUAUCGCAUGUUGUACCGGGUGGAGUAGCUGCGCGAUCCGGCAAGCUGCGGAUGGGCGACCGCCUAUUAAAGGUGAACGGUAAUGACCUAUCCGGCGCGUCGCACCGAGACGCGGUUCAAUUGCUCCUACAGCCCGGAAACACACUCGCGUUGACCGUGCGACAUGACCCCCUCCCACUAGGAUUCCAGGAUCUCACGAUCGUUAAGCAAGAAGGCGAAAAACUGGGAAUGCAUAUAAAGGGUGGUCUUAAUGGUCAACGAGGAAACCCUAAUGAUCCCAACGACGAAGGUGUGUUCAUAUCGAAGAUUAAUAGCGGCGGAGCUGCUAGACGAGAUGGUAGACUGAAGGUAGGCAUGCGGCUUCUGGAAGUAAAUGGAAUAUCUCUUCUUGGAGCAACACACAAUGAAGCUGUAAACGCGCUAAGGUCAGCCACGAACGCACCACUACACCUUGUCGUGUGUCAUGGCUACUCUAGACCCGAAAAGUAUACCACUGGUAGCGAGAGUGGGACAACAGAGACGGGUGGUUCGCUGUCGCAUUCCACAUCCAGUCUAGAUCGGGACGAGUCCUUACUCCACAAUCAGGAUUCAAAUAUACACCACGAUUUGGUCGAGUAUGAACAAGAGAAGCAAGUCGCUGAGAUGAGAGAAAAGUCCACUCCGGAAAAGGUAAUGGAUAUUGUGCAUGCAGUCGAAAGUAUCGCGCUAGAACCAGCUCCACCUAUAUCUCCGGAGCCCCAACAUAAGACCACCACAGUUGUGAUGUCGAAGCACACACUGCAGCCUCAGUCAUCUAGUUCGCAAGCGGCGCCGCUUUCACCUCUAGCGGUGUUCACGGAACAAAAGGUGAAGACGCCUCCUCCUCCUGCGAGCCCCGCCACAGAUGGAACGUCCGUGGACCCACCGCACCUUCCAACUCCUACGCCUCAACCGAUUAAACAGAAACCACAAGUUCCCCGCAAACCGCAAAUCAAGCGAGUUAGUUUCACCACGGAUUCAAAAGACGUAGACGAAAAGUUGUCGACGAACGAACGAACGAACCCUCAGCCCCUAACGCAUGAGUUGCAUGAACGCGCCUCGGCCGAAUCAGAUACUAACGAUGCAUGCGCGAGAAAUAGCCCACUAAUACAGCAAACGAAGGUCGAGCUCGAUUCAAAUCCAUCGGACAUUGUUCGUCCGGAAGAUUUUAUAAUUCCCCCACCGGCAUUAUUCGCAACUAAAGUAAGUCAAAGUCAAUUAGUUCACGACAUAAACGACGUAGUACCGCUAAUCGCUGUUGUGCCUGAGCGUAUCGUGCUUCCCCAACCGAUCGUGCCAGAAACAACCGUGCAGUCGUCAACCUCAACCAACUCGCCAGAAAGUGAAGACCCUCCACCAGUUAACUAUACGGCAUAUCCUCAUUUUGACCCAUCAGCUAAAAUCAUCGAAGAGCCAUCUAAUUCUCUCAUAUUUUCUGAAGUGCCUUCACAACAAGUCUUCCGUAAUGAACUACCCUCAUUUGAAAGUGACGAGUAUUACACUGAACUUUCCGUUAGUCCCACUGUUGAUCCUGGCCCCCCAGAAUUAUUGCACGCUCAAUACAAAACCCUUCCCACAGUCUCGCAUGUGCCUAAUUCACCUUGUUAUUUGCACCCAAAUAGAAGCUACUUUGGCGAACUCGCGAAUCCUAGUGAGAAUCAGUCUUUACGCGAUCUGAGGGUAAAAAACUUGCCGUCUAUGGUACAUUCGACGACGUAUCCCCCAUAUAACCCAUAUCCAUCUUUAACAACGGUAGCGGGAACAUAUAACCCCUACACCACUACAGUCCCCCCCAGCCAAGCGUCGAGCCAAAAACAACCGUCAUCCCCAAAAUUAGUGAGUUCAGUAGGCAAGGAUAUAAAUGCUAAUCUAACACAAAGUGUCCCAAUCGAUUUGGUUAACCGUCCUAAGAGUGCACAAUCGGAAAGAAGAGUGCAUUUCGGCGAAGUGACGAGUGCCCUUGAAUCCGAUAUAUUACCGAAAAAUUUGGAAGCUAUGAGAGAGGGCAGCACUUCGCCCGCAUCUAACUUGAAACCCGCAUGGAGCAGCAAAAUCAAAUCCUUCGCCAUCGGCGAGGCUUCCCCACCUCAUUCUGGUAAUUUUGUGAAACAAUCUGUGAGCGAUAAGAAAAAGUUUUUCGAGAACGCAAUGGAAGAGAGCCAUAAGUCUUCACCCAAACCAGAGAAAGUAUUCGCGUUCCUGUCGGCCGAUGAAGUGGAGAAAUUGAAGCAAGAAGAGGAAAAGAAAAUGGCGACGUUAUCUCGUGCUGAGCUCAGCUCGUGGUCCCCUGGGGAGGACCGUAGCGGAGACAGCGAGCAUUCAGAUGAAGAACCUUACGAGAAUGGGCACAGCGUGUCUAUGGGUGGCGUCAGUCCGUCAGCAAAAUCACAAAGAAGAAGAGCAGCGCGUGAAAAUGCUGAACAUGAAGAUGCCGAAACACGAGCAGCACGUAGAGCAGCUUGGCGAGCGGCUCGCCUGCGAUCACUUGAGAAGGAUGCAAUUGAGUCACAAAAAGCAAUUAAAAGCAUGGUGGGCCCAGCGCAUGAGAUCAUAGGAGAAGUACCUCCGAGGGACACAUCUCCUUCAGAGGUGGAAACAACACAAGAGAAAAUCAUAUCUUUGGAAUUAACGACGAGUCCCAGUAGCGAGACGGCGCCCACAGAUCUAGAUGGGACUGUGAUAGGUCUCGGGGAGGGGGAAACGGAGGGAGAACACUCCCUCCAACCUGACAUAGUGCAGGUUGUCAACCCCCUGCUUGACGGAGGCGCGGGCCACGUCACAGCCAUACCAGUGGGACCUGCGCAGAGGAUAACAGCGUACUCCGAACACCAAUAG